CCGAGCAGCAGCAUCCCAGCAGCAGCAGCAGCAGCAGCCAGGAAGGCACCGAGGCUGCUGCCGCCGCGCCUCCUUCUCCUUCCUUCCUUCCUUCCCUCGGUCGAGGGUCUCCCCGGUGGAAGGGAUGGGGCGGCAGGAGGCCCCCUCCGGGGCUCGUCCAGGCCCCCUGCUGGACUGACCCAGCCCCACCAGCCCCGCUCGGCAGCAGAGCCAGCCAGAGACGAUCGAGGCCAUGGGGCCACUCCUGCUGUGGGCAUUGCUGCUCCUCCUGCCAGCGGGGACCCUCACCCAGGGCUGCCCAUCCGAGUGCCAGUGCAGCCAGCCCCAGACUGUCUUCUGCAUCUCUCGCCGGAGCCAGACUGUCCCACAGGGCCUCCCACCGGAGACAGCCACACUGUACCUCUUUGAGAACGGGAUUCAGACCCUGAGUGAGGAGAGCUUUGUGGGGCUGCCGGCCCUCCAGCUGCUGGAUCUCUCCCAGAACCAGCUCUCAGGCCUCCCCCGGGGGGUCUUCCAACCGCUGGCCACCCUCUCCAACCUGGACCUCUCCUCCAACCAGCUCCAGGAGGUCACAAACGAGAGCUUCCAUGGCCUGCGCCUCCUGGAGCGCCUCUACCUGGACCACAACCAGAUCCAGCAGAUCCACCCGGCUGCCUUUGACUCUCUGGAGAACCUGCUGGAGCUGAAGCUCCAGGACAACCACCUGCGGGCCCUGCCACCCCUUCAUCUUCCCGCCCUCCUGCUCCUCAACCUCAGCCGAAAUCCCAUCACUGCCUUGGAGCCAAGCGCCUUCCAGGGGGUGCCCAGCCUGGAGUCCCUGAAGGUGGCCGGCCUGGGCUUGGGCCACCUGGAUGAAGAGCUGCUACAGGGGCUGGGCAACCUCCAUGAGCUGGACCUCUCAGACAACCUGCUGCCUGCAGUGCCCAACGCAGUUCUGAAGGAGCUGCGUGGGCUGACCAAGCUCAGUCUAGCCGGGAAUGCCCAGAUCUCCCAGCUGCGAGCAGAGGAUCUGCAGGACCUCCGCAAUCUCCAGGAGUUGGACAUCAGCAACCUUCGCCUGACCACUCUGCCUCGGGACCUCUUUGGUGCCUUCCCCCAACUCAAGGCCCUCACGGCUGCCGAGAACCCCUUCAACUGCAUCUGCCCCAUGAGCUGGGUGGUGGGCUGGCUCAGUGCUGGUAAGGCCUUGCUCCGGCGGCCGGAGGAGACCCGGUGCCACUUCCCCCCGAAAAACGCCGGAAGGCUGCUCCAGCACUUGCAGUACGUCGAUUUCGGCUGCCCCACAACCACAACAGCCACCACCACCACAUUGAGGGUCACCACAGACAGCCCAAAGCUGGCCACCACUGUCCCCAGCAUUCUCGGCAGUGGCCUCGCCUCACUAGAGCCCAGCACAGCCGGUGGCCCCAUGCCCACAGAUGGUAGCCCUGCUCCGACGCCAUUCCACCUCCCAGAAGUCCAACCAAGUCCGGAGGUCCACCUCUGUCCCCCAGGGACAUGCCUGAAUGGGGGUGCAUGCCAACUGGAUGCCGGCAACCACCUGGAGUGCAUCUGCCUCCCAGGCUACUCAGGCCUGUACUGUGAGAGUCAGGUGCGAGUGACGACGGUGCCCAGUGCCACUCAAGCCCUGACCCCCCACCCCAAGCAGAUUGCUGUCCGGCCUGUGGGGGCCACUUCACUGAAGGUGGACCUGCAGAGCUACAUCCAGUCCAAGCCUCGCCUGAAGGGGGUCCGGCUGACCUACUGGAACCUUUCUGGGCCGGACAAGCGCCCCGUAACCCUUAGCCUGCCGGCCUCACUACCGGACUACACGGUCCGGGCCCUGAAGCCCAACUCCUCCUACCACCUCUGUUUAGGACCCCUGGGGGACAAGGGCCACGAGGAGGAGCACUGCGUGGAGGCCCGGACCCUGCCCCUCACCCGCCAGCAGCACGCCCCUGUCACCCAGGGCAAGGACCCUGGCCUCAGCCUCGUGGCUGUGGCAGUGCCAGCCACAGUUGCUGUACUGCUCUUAGUGGCCGUGACCACAGCCGUCUCCUACUAUGUCUGGCGGAGGCGGAGGCAGCAGAGGCAGGGCAAGGAGGCACAGGCCACACUGGGGGCCAAGGGAUCUGGCCCACUGGAGCUGGAGGGGGUGAAGGCCUGCCUGGAGAAGGGGGACCCCUCCGGACAUGGACCAAAGGCUCUCUCCCCGAAUGGUUUGGACCAUGAGGCCCCUCUCAUGCAGCCACCCCUGUUGCAAGCAGGUGGGGGGCCCUGCACCCCCCGGCCCCUGAGACCUUCCUACUUUUAGGGGCUCAAGAAGGGGGUCCCAAUCCAAAAACCAGACCCCUCUCUAGGCCAAAGGUACGACAGGAGGCGUAAUUUACCCUCCAAGACCUUGCGUAUGGCACACCUAUAGAAAGUGGAUGGCCCCAAUCCAAAAACCAAGGACCUGCGUAAGGGGACCCACCCAGGGAUCCAUUCUUGGUGGGUGGGGAAAGGGGUCUUGCCGGCCAAGGCAAGAGGGAUCCAUGUGCUGGCAACAAAGGGGUCCUGGAACAGCUCUGGCCGUCUUUCCAAGGAAAAAUGAAGGAAUGGGGAAUCUGGGGAUGGGAGGGGAGAGGAAGAGGAUGAUGAAGAAGAAUCCUCAUCUUCAUGGUGAUGAUGGAGAAGGGGGGAAAGGGACAAGACCAGGCUCCCUGGGAGAGCUCCUAGGGCAGUGAUGGCGAACCUAUGGCACGCGUGCCAGAGGUGGCACUUAGAGCCCUGUCUGUGGGCACAUGUGCCGUCGCCCCAGCUCAGGGUUUGCCAGAGUUUGUUACUAGAAAGCCAGAGGGACCCGGCACUUUGCAAUAAAUAAGUGGGUUCUGGGUUGCAGUUUGGACACUCGGCCUCUAAAAGGUUCACCAUCCCUGUCCUGGGGAUAAAAGCUUUACGGACAGCUAGAGAAUAUUUAUAAACGCAGGGUUAUUUCCCAUUUCUUCUGGGAAAUCUUUUUCUAAUACAGAGUGAAGUACCUUUUUUUUGUAAAAACCAGACUAUAAAUGUUUUUUGUACAAAAA